AUGAGAUCAACAACAUUACUCCUGCUGGCGGCAAGCCUCGCGGCAACGGGCGUCCAGGGCGUCAGGGCCGCCGCGAACUUGUGCUUCUUCCCCGGAGGCGUCCAGGCCCUCGACGUGCCCUGCGACCCCAAGGCCGAGGUCAGCAUGUGCUGCGGCAGCGUCAACGCGUGUUUGAGCAACGGGCUGUGUAAGCUCGAGGACACGUCGAAUAACACGGGCAUCGCCUACGCCAGAGGCACGUGUUCGGAUCCGACGUGGCAGAGCCCCGUAUGUCCGCAGAAUUGCGUGUUGAACCCCGAGACGAGAAAGAACAACUCGGCCUUCGACUUCCGCUUCAACGGCGUGCAGGUAUGGCAGUGCGACUCCCAGGGUUUCGGCGUACCGGGCAAGUUCUGCUGCGAAUCCGCCGCCGAGAAGACGCGCUGCUGCUCGACACCCGCCGCCGUCUUCGGCCCGCUCAUCGCCGCGACGCCCGGCAACGCCCUCGCCGUGCAGACCUUCAACCCCAACGCAAAGUCCACCCCGACCCCCUCGGCCUCCGGCUCCCACCGGUCCGGCGACCCGACCAAGCCGCCCUCGGGCCAGGGCACGCCGGCGCAGACGUCCGUCCCGACGAUGACGUCCAAGAUCCCCGCGUCGACGCCGGCCGCGAGUGGCGGCGGCAGCACGACGCCUUCCGAGGAGGGACAGACGGCCGGCGGGACGACGCAGGAGAAGCAGGGCCUGGGGACGGUGGCGAUGGUGGGCAUGGGCGUGGGCGCGAGCGUGGGCGGCGCGUUGCUCGUCGCCGUGGGCGUGAUGUGGUGGAUGAGGAAGGAGAGGAGGGAGCGCGGGCCGGUGGAGCUCGACGGGAGCAGCGUGCACGGGGGGGACCUGUCGAGGGCCAACUCCGGGCGGAUCGCGUACGGGGGGAUGAACGUCGGCAACGGCACGGGGACGAUCAGCUCGAUGGGCACGGGGACGUAUGGCGGCGGCACGAUGGUCACGAUGGGACGGAGGGCGAGCAGUGAGUGGGACGGCAGCCCCGGGGGUAUGGGCGGCGCGUAUCAGAUGGCGGAGAUUGAUGGCAAGGAGACGCUUGUCGUGUCGGAGCCGAAGGGGCGGAAGAAGAGUUUGUAUGAGCUGCCGUAG